UUCUCGGAAGUCAUUCAUUGGAACAUUAGAUCCAUUUUAGUACGGAUCAUUUCAUCACAGAGUCCGUGGAUGAACAAUUGAUGAUAUACAGAGAAAUUCGGGGUGUUGCUUAUGGUGUAUGUUUAAUGUUUUGGUUGGUGUCGAGUCAAUUCCGGACUGAGUUUCCAAGUUCAGAGAUCACAGAGCAGAGGCACAGACAGAGAGCGGUGACCAUUGGUAUCAAUAGAAAAACUGAGGCGGCUACUGAUAAAUGCAGCAUAAAUCCAAGACCAGAAGUUUGACGCUUGAAAUUUCGGACCCAAAUCAUUGAUUUGAAGAACCAUCUUCUUACUUGCCAUUAGUUCCUGUAACUUCAUUUUCAUUCCGUGUGCUGCAGUAAAUUAUGGCUGUCAGAUCAUUCAAUUUGAAGAUCCCCUUUGUAUUUCCCAAUCUUUUCGAGGGAAUGGUGGAUAAUGCUCUUCUCUUCAGAAACAUGGAAAUGUUAUUUUUCUGUAAUAGGAAUCGGUUUGUUAUUCGUUGAACAAAGAUCUGGAUUUCUGCUGUUGGAUUUGUCUUAUAACAAAAGAAGCACUUUUAUUCAUCUUUCUUAAAUUACAAAGAGAACUCUAGGCUUGAGUGGUACUGGGGGCCGUACAUUCUCUCUUUUAUAAACUAUCCAUAUUCAUGCUGUGAAGAUUGAUCUGUUUCAUAGUUCCCUGUGUAGUUACACUUGAAGUCACUGUUGUCAGAUUUAUUGUGCAAAUUCUGUAUGAGAGUACAUUGAAGAUCAAUAUGAGAGGUGCUGGAAGGAAAUUGAUCCAUAAGGAAUCCGGCAAAUGUUCACACUCUAAGUUGGAAGCUGGAUCAGAGCUAAUCUUAUCUCCAAAGUUGAAAAGGUGUAGUAAAAUAUACCAUUCCAAACAGAAAAAACCAAGAACUAAAUCACAUGCACAGCCGACUGGUUCAACAUACAAAAGGAGACCUCUUCCUAAAGCCUUGAGCAAGGGGAAUAAAAAUGUGACAAUUAGACAGUUGGCUGGUAAAAAAUUUCUCUUAAAGAAACUUGAUACAAAGUCUUCCAAGGAUUUAUUUUUGUCAAGGCUUCAAGGUGGAAAAUCCCUGUCAUCAACUAAUUUGAAAGGGAAUGCAGAAAAGGUUGAGCAAGUGGCUAAGAAAAACCAACAAAGGAAAAGGAGGAAGAACAAAAGAAAGAGGGAAAAAUUGGAGUUAGAUGAAGCUUCUCGCUUACAGAGGAGAUCAAGAUACCUUAUGAUUAAGAUGAAGCUUGAGCAGAACCUUAUUGAUGCUUACUCUGGAGAAGGUUGGAAGGGCCACAGUCGAGAAAAAAUUAAGCCCGAGAAGGAACUUCAGAGAGCCAUGAAGCAGAUAUUAAAGUGCAAACUUGGAAUCCGUGAUGCUCUUCGCCAGCUGCAUUUGCUUGGUUCAGUAGGAUGCAUUGAAGACUCCGUUAUUGGUCCUGAUGGAUCUGUCUACCAUGAACAUAUAUUCUGUGCAAAAUGCAAGUUGCGUGAAGCUUUUCCAGAUAAUGAUAUUAUACUUUGCGAUGGGACAUGCAACUGUGCUUUCCACCAAAAAUGUCUGGACCCACCAUUAGAUACGGAAAAUAUUCCUCCGGGAGAUCAGGGUUGGUUUUGCAAAUUUUGUGAGUGCAAGAUGGAAAUAUUGGAAGGAAUGAAUGCCCAUCUUGGUACUCGGUUCUCAUUGAACAUUCGUUGGGAGGACGUUUUCAAAGAAGAAGCUGCUUUCCCGGAUGGUGGAAAUGCAUUACUAAAUCACGAGGAAGAUUGGCCUUCAGAUGAUUCUGAAGAUGAUGACUAUAAUCCAGAUAAGAAGGAAAAUGGCAACGAAAAAUUAAGUGGGGAAGAGAAUGAUACGCAUUUGCUGGAGGAGUCAAGUAGUUCAACCAGCUUGAGUUGGUCUUUAGAUGGCGAGGAUUUAACUGAUAGAGAUGGCAUUGCUUGCGAAGAUCACUUCGGUGUUGGUACCAGCAUAGUUUCUGAUGGAUCCAUUGAAGAGGGUAUUGUAUGUGGUCGCCGGCAGCGGCAGGCUGUUGAUUAUAAAAAGUUAUAUUCUGAAAUGUUUGGAAAGGAUGCUCCAGCUCAAGAACAAGUUAGUGAAGAUGAAGACUGGGGACCUGCAAAAAGAAAACGGAGAGAAAAGGAAUGUGAUGCUGCAAGCACUCUUAUGUCUCUUUGUGAAAGCGAAAAAAAGAGUCAAGAUAUUGACAUGGAAGCAGACAAGAAACUUCCCAACUCAAAAAGUAGAUCAUUUUUUAGAAUUCCUCGUUAUGCAGUUGAGAAACUUCGCCAAGUGUUUGCUGAUAAUGAACUUCCAUCUAGAGACGUCAAGGAGAACCUUUCAAAAGAAUUGGGUCUUGAUGCUGAAAAGGUGAACAAAUGGUUCAAGAAUGCGCGAUAUUCUGCACUAAGAACUAGAAAGGCAGAGGGAGCAACACAAUCCCAUAGUUUUAGUAAGACUUCCACGGAAUUCAGAUUAGCAGAUUCAAAGGAAAACGCUGGUAAUCAUCUUACAACAGAGGACACAUCAAUAAAAGAACUGCAGUUGAAAUCUCGCAAUGGCCUUUACAAGAAAAAGCAGCACAGAAGAUCAUCGCUUGUAUCUUUCAACAGUAACAAGGAUGCUUUGGAUUUUGGUGAUGAUAUAAGCUUGAAGAAUCUCCUAAAGAAUAGAAAAACAAAGGUAAGGAAGAAGGUUAAUUUUGUAGGUAGAAGCAAAGGUGGAGGUCAAGAAGCAGAGGUGGAGCUGGAGAGACUAUGUAAAAUUAAGGAUAGAUUAGAGAUAAUGAAGCAGAAAAUACUUAGACUAUCAAAUAAGAAAGAUGAUGGGACUUUAGAUAGGUUACACAUGUUUGAACAGUCUAUAAUAUAUGUUCCUGUGGCAGUGUUAAAGGAAAAGGUUUGAUCUUGUGCAGUGACUUCGAUUCUUUUCCACCAAAUUCAAUAUUAAAAGGUGGCGUCUUAUGAUAUAUCUUAAUUAUAUGAUUUCUUCCAGCUUCCCACAUUGCAUUCACUUGUA